AUGACUCAAACAUGUAAUGAAGAAUUGGCUAAACUUCGCGGAUUAACAGUAGAGGAAAAUGCAUCAAAUUCUGCGAAAAACAUUCCAAUUGGUCGUACUGGGCAGCCUGAUGAUGUUUCAAAUGUUGUUUCGUUUCUUGCGAGUAAAGAUUCAGAUUAUAUUACAGGACAGAGUAUUUUAAUUAAUGGAGGUUUAUUUUUUUCAUAA